UUGAAAAGCAAAAAUUAACAAAAGCAAAAGCCAGCCAUCACCUUCCCUUCUCCUUUUCAGAUUCAACUUCCUAGACUAUAUAAAAAUGCUACACCAUGUUCUUUAAGCCUGCAGUCCUAAUCUCAGUUGCCUCUUCAUCCAUUUCAAAUCUAACAAAAUGGGUUGUUGCAUUAGUAAAUGCAGACCCAAGAAACGUUCCUUUGAAGAAUGUCAUGGUAACAAUGUCGAAGACAAGCUCGUGAUCUCUCAGGCUCCAAAAACUCCUAAGAUUCCUGUUCCUGUAUCAAACAAAAUCUCCCCAUCCCCUCCUUCACCCACCACAUCUACAUCUUCUUCUGGCUCUGCUUUUACUUGUUGUAACAAUAGCAACACUACCACAAUUAGUUCAUGCUCAUCACUCUCUAGUGGAUCUUCGAUCUUGAGCUCAAAAGAUCGAUCAUUCUCCAACGAGUUUUUGUGGUCAUGUGUCAAGGAAAAUCCGCACAUAAUCCGCAUCAAUUCAAUUAAGGAACGAUCACAAUUGCUAGCAUCACCAAAUGUGUAUUCCAGAACAUUGGGCUUACCAGCAAAACAAGUCGUGGCACCAGUGAAGCAAUCGAUCCCACAAAAGGUAAACACAUCCACACCCCAUAAAAGAGUUCGAUCGAGCUCACCAACAGCACUAACACGACAAAAGAGCUUUCGUAGGGAGCCGGACAGGUGUAAUCCUUCACAUUCUCUACCAAUCAGUAGAACUUUGAGGUCACCAUCGCCUAGCAGGCGAUUUAAUGGAGAUAGUGGCAGGGGGGUCUUGACAAUUACGCCAAAGGAAAGUUGUUCUGCGUGUCCGGUUGGUGCCAGGGUAAAUUCAGCUAAUUCCUUUUCUUCAACGUCAAGAAAGGAAAAUUUGAGGCUGCCUAGUCAAUACAUCAAUUCGAGCCAGCUUCGUUCUUGUCUGAGGAAUAGAGAGACUUGCAUUCAUCGUAUUAGCUCUAAAAUAGAUGAAGAUGCAGUAAAAGAAGCACUAGCUCAACAAGAUAGUGACUCUAUUCCCAUGGAAGACAUCGACAAUCCUCUCAUUUCCUUGGAUUGUUUUAUAUUUCUGUGAAAUUUUGUGUGCAUGCCUCCUUAAAUUGUUGUGCUGUUCAUAAGAAUCUUUCCUUUCUUUGUUUGUUUUUCUCCUCUUCAAGAGGAUAUUCAUUAUUAAUUGGUUUCUUUUUGUGUUUUUUUCUUAAUCAGUUUCAUUUAUUGGUUUCACAAUGAUCAACUAGAUCAGAAUUUCUGUAUCGAUUGUAAAAGAAGAUAUAUAUUAAAAAGAAAAAAGGAUCUGUUUGUUGCCUUAUA